AGGGGGAACUAGGAUGCAGAUUUUCGUUAAGACUCUGACGGGGAAGACCAUCACCCUCGAGGUCGAGUCCUCGGACACCAUCGACAUGGUCAAGAGCAAGAUCCAGGACAAGGAAGGAAUCCCUCCGGAUCAGCAGCGCCUCAUCUUCGCCGGAAAGCAGCUCGAGGAUGGCAGAACCCUCGCGGACUACAACAUCCAGAAGGAAUCUACUCUCCACCUUGUCUUGCGUCUCCGUGGAGGGAUCAUCGAGCCCUCCCUCUUGGUUCUUGCCCGCAAGUACCGCACUGACAAGAAGAUUUGCAGAAGGUGCUACGCUCGUCUCCCCCUCCGCGCUGUGAACUGCCGCAAGAAGAAGUGCGGUCACAGCAGCCAGCUCCGCUUGAAGAAGAAGCUCAAGUAAACUCCGAAAGUUACCUCUAGACCACUAUGUUCUUAGGACAUCAUCAAAUACAAAAUUUGGAUGCAUGGAG